AUGGUCUGCGCGGUCUGCCCUGCCUCCUCCUCCGCCUCCUCCUCCUUCCCCCGGCGGGCCCGAGGCGGCGGGACUACAGAUCCCACAAGGCCUCCCGAUUUGCGAGUCCAAGAAGGCGGCGGCUGCUGCAAGCUCCUUCUCCGGCGCCGACGCCACCAAGCAAGCCUGCCCUCCCCCGAGAGCGCCACAGGAAACGGAACUACCCGCCCCACAAAGCACCGCGGCGGCGACGCGGCGACGGGACUCUCUUUCCCAGCGGGCACCGCGCGAAGCCGGGGGCGGGGGCGGAAAAAAGGUGGAGCGUUCUCGCGAGAGUUAGCUAGCGACGGUGCCUGCUUGAAUCCCGACGCGGGAGAGGACUGCCGCUGUCUCGUCGUAACGGUCUCCGUGGGCGGCGAGCGGCGAGCCAUGGCCCGUCGGAGGAGCCUGCGAAGUCAGCAGCUGGAGGAGGAACCGCAAGGGCGCAGGAGGUCGCUGCGGUUGGCUAGGCAAAAGGAUGCACCCUUUAAUUAUCAAAGAUCCUUGGCUUAUCAGGCACCUACCAACUCUGCACAGAUGGAUUUUGCAACACCUCGAACCGUUUUUAAGAAGGUCCUACAGACACAACCAAUUGUUUCCCCUCUUGUUUCUGAGAAACCUGAUUCUCCAAAAUCAAUUGAUACAAUUUUCAAUUUUCCUGUGAAGCUUGGUUCUUCCAUCAAUCUAGAAGUCAGCCUGUCGGACUCCACUCAGAGACAGAAGUCUAGGCUUGCACGGCAUCCAACAAGAUCGAAAAAGGUCCGUGUCUCUCAAUUUGAAAGAGAUCUGAAUAACCAGCUUCACUCCAGCACAGCUCGGGGCUUGCUGGACCAGACAUCUUUGACAAAUUCUCUUCAGAUCUCUUUUACAACCCCAGCACCAUUGAACUCCGCUGGGAGAAAAGGUUUGAUCCGUAGGCCCAGAAACUACCGAGGAUUUAAUGUGAAGGAUUUUGAAGGGGGCCUUGAACAAGACUUGUUGCAGAUCAAAGAUUCGGCAGAAAACAACCCUGAAGACCAGAAAACUACAACGCUCCAAUCAAACAACACAGAGGCUCUUUCGGUAGAGACACAACUCUUUCUCCCCCCUCAUUCCAGUGAGGGGAAUGAGACGGAGCCAUCUCAUGUCCUACCAGAACUGGAUUUGGCAAGGAACCCUUUAAGUCGUAGGAGUGCGCCAUCUCGUAGCCAAACAGGGUUAGCCAGACAGGACGAAAUAUCUGACAUGGAAAUUGAAAAAGUGGCGGAAAGCAGCCCUCCAAAAAUCUUGACAUCGGGAAGGGAAAUAACCCUUGAACCAGAAACCGAAUCCACGCAAAAGGAUGCAGGAAAAGGAUUGAGACCCAGUCUGGGAAAAGAGAAGUUAAGUCCAGGCCCCGAAGAUGCCGGCAGCACAGAAAGCAUUUCCCGGAAAAGAAUGGACAUGCCUCAAAAGCAACAGCGAAAGCAUUUUCAGGGAAACAGUCCUGAUGAGGAACUCUUCACUCCCACGGAGCCUUUGAAGACUGAUGCUCAACGCCCAGGAGCAUCUCAAAGAAAUUUCUCAACUUGGCUGAGUAGAAAAAUUGUCAGGCAUUCAGUGGAUGAGAUGGUGGCACACAUCACCAAGGAGCUGGAUAGCAUUGUCCCGGCAGUUGCAGGACAGAGUGUGGCCAAGAUGGACUCAGAGGAAGGAUCUUCUCUUCAGGAAAUAACUGUUGAUAUCACUCAAAGUCCUAGAGCGGCAACCCCAAGUAGACGCGCAAGUGGAAAGACUCCCAAGACGCUGGAGAGGACUCCCUUUAAGGCAAUGAGAGAUCGAACAAAGCCACAAACAGAUGAUAGAAACAGGACAAAAGAAAUGAGGAAUGUGGAAACGGAACAGAUUCUGGAGUUUGGCGCCAAAGACAACCCAGAAGUUGAGAUGUCAGGAUCUGAGAACGUUGCUAUUGAGAUCUCUCAAAGUCCUAGAGUGGCAACGCCAAGUAGACGUGCAAGUGGAAAGACUCCCAAGACGCUGGAGAGGACUCCCUUUAAGGCAAUGAGAGAGAGAACAAAUCCACGAACAGGUGAUAGAAACAGGACAAAAGAAAUGAAGAAUGUGGAAACGGAACAGAUUCUGGAGUUUGGAGCCAAAGACAACCCAGAAGUUGAGAUGUCAGCAUCUGAGGACGUUGCUAUUGAGAUCUCUCAAAGUCCUAGAGUGGCAACUCCAAGUAGACGCGCAAGUGGAAAGACUCCCAAGACGCUGGAGAGGACCCCCUUUAAGGCAAUGAGAGAGAGAACAAAUCCACGAACAGGUGAUAGAAACAGAACAAAAGAAAUGAGGAAUGUGGAAACGAAACAGAUUCUGGAGUUUGAAGCUGAAGACAACUCAGAAGUUGAGAUGUCAGAAUCUGAGGACAUUGCUAUUGAGAUCUCUCAAAGUCCUAGAGUGGCAACUCCAAGUAGACGCGCAAGUGGAAAGACUCCCAAGACGCUGGAGAGGACCCCCUUUAAGGCAAUGAGAGAGAGAACAAAUCCACGAACAGGUGAUAGAAACAGAACAAAAGAAAUGAGGAAUGUGGAAACGGAACAGAUUCUGGAGUUUGAAGCUGAAGACAACUCAGAAGUUGAGAUGUCAGGAUCUAAGAACAUUGCUAUUGAGAUCUCUCAAAGUCCUAGAGUGGCAAUGCCAAGUAGACGUGCAAGUGGAAAGACUCCUAAGACGCUGGAGAGGACUCCCUUUAAGGCAAUGAGAGAGAGAACAAAUCCACGAACAGGUGAUAGAAACAGGACAAAAGAAAUGAAGAAUGUGGAAACGGAACAGAUUCUGGAGUUUGGAGCCAAAGACAACCCAGAAGUUGAGAUGUCAGCAUCUGAGGACGUUGCUAUUGAGAUCUCUCAAAGUCCUAGAGUGGCAACUCCAAGUAGACGCGCAAGUGGAAAGACUCCCAAGACGCUGGAGAGGACCCCCUUUAAGGCAAUGAGAGAGAGAACAAAUCCACAAACAGGUGAUAGAAACAGGACAAAAGAAAUGAGGAAUGUGGAAACGGAACAGAUUCUGGAGUUUGAAGCCGAAGACAACCCAGAAAUUGAGGAGAUGUCAGAAUCUGAUGAUGUUGAACCAACUGGCAGUACACCAGCAUUCGUCCGCGCCAAAGCUUUUCACUGUACACCAUUGCUGUCCAGCCCACAUGUUUUGAAAGAGGUGGCUUCUGGGUCGUCGGUAAAACGGAAUUUGGUUCAACGGGUUCCCAAGCCAGCUAAAAAAGCCCGCCGGGAAAAACGGGAACCCUCUCUCCCUAGCAACUUGGUGAAAAAAAUGUUCAACCAUUACGUCAAGAUGCCAGUAACCAAAGAGGCGUUGCAAGUUGUGGAUAGGUGCGUGAAUGUCUACUUUAAGCAUCUGACCAACGACCUAGAAGCCUACGUGAAUCAUGCUCGCCGGAAGACAGCAGAGGCAGCCGAUCUGGAGCUCCUCAUGAGGCGGCAAGGACUGAUAACAGACAAGACGCCUCUAAAUGUGCUGGUCGAGCGACACUUGCCUUUGGAGUACAGGAAGCUGCUAAUUCCUAUCGCCAUAAGUGGGAAUAAAGUGAUCCCUCAGAAAUUGAAGUGAGAAGCUGAACCACUUGGAUGUCAGAGAUAGAACAUUUUUGGUUUGGAACUAAGCGGUGGCGGAAGGAGAUCUCCUACGGCUCUGGACUAGAACAGAUGGAGAUUUGUCCGUAAGACAAAAUCAUUCACAUGGCAUUUAACUUAAGUACGGCACCUUCUCAGAAACAAGCAAUGCUGAAUUUCACCUCUUGUGCUUCAGUGACUGCGGUACAGGAGGAUCCUUGUUUUUCUGCCUGUACCAAAGUACAUUUUGUAAAAAAAAUAAUAAUAAUAAUUCUGUAUUACUUUGGAAUUAAAACUGUUUUCUCCGU